CCCAAUUGUUUGACACACCCACAGCCACGCUGCAGCUUCUCUGAUCUUUCUUCAUCUUCUUCUCUGAAAUCAAUAACCAGAUGCUGGCGAGAAUGAAACAGAGGUCAUCCAGUAAUAACAACAAUGGCGGCUAUUCGGAUUUUUCUGAGAAGGCAUAUGAAAUUGCAGACAUCUUGAUUCAACUUCCUCAACUUAUCUUAAACUCAGAGUUGAAUUAUCUUAUACAGUUGUCAUGGGGUGCUAAGAGAAAAAGAACUGAUAUCUUUAGAACACCAUCGUCAUCUACUGUUUCACCUACUUCUCCAUCAACUCAUCUUAGUCACUUGUAUAAUCGUAAUCAGUCAUUGCCGCCACCACCAUUUUCUAAGGUCGAUAUUAUCAGUAGCCCUAAUACCCCUCUUUCAUUCCUUCCUCAAAGUGAUUCAGAUUCAAAACCUAAUAAAUCUCUUAAGAAAAAAGUUCCCAAAAAAAAGACGGUUGAAGAAUGGAGAGACAAGUUAUUGGAGCUUCAAGACGGGAAUCACACGCUUAAGAAGGGAGUUGAAACCGUGAGGGAACAUUUCAAUGCACUUAAAGCUCAAAACUUGAAAUUGAAAUCAAUCUUAAGCAAGAGGAGUAAUGGUUUACAAGAACUGGAUCUUUUUGUUAAAGAAGAACCAAUUACAGCACCAGCACAACAACAAGAGCAUCAAGUUAUUGGAGUGGGGGCAGAACCAAGAUUUGUCUAUCAACAACAAGAAACACCAUUUCAAUUCAUUGAUUUAAAACCCCAAUUUGGGGCUGAAAGUUUAACAUAUCUACAACCCCAAAUUAUAAUGGGUCAACAAUAUCUGGGUCCAUCGGGUAUACCUGAUUUAAAUUUUGUUGCAAAUCUUGAUGAACAUGAGAUAGUAGGUGAUGAUAUUAGGUAUAGUAACAAUACAAUGGGUGGAAUGUAUCAGCCGUUUGAUGAUUUAAGGAAGAAAGAACUAACAGGUGCAGCGAGAAAGAGAAGGUAUGAAAAGGGUAAAAUAAAGAAGUCUGCUAAGCCACGUCUGGAGUUUAGACUGUAGCUCUCUUUCUAUCUAUUUUUUUUCUUCUGAUUUUUUCACAAUUAUUUCUAGUCGGGAUGAGAUAAGAGAUGUGUUGAGGGCCUUGUGGCUGUUUUCAAUUUUGUUCAUUUUUUAGGGUUUUAUCUUACUGGAUCUCUGUAAUAAGUGUAAAAACGCAGCUACUGCGGAGAUGAAUGAAUAGAAUUUAAUGAGAGAUUUUAAUCGGUAA